AUGGUGAAGGAGUCUUCGCCGGAGAAGAAGCCGAAGCGGGCUCCCGUGCCCCUGGCCGAGAAGACGCCGCGGCAGCCGCAGAAGCGGAAGGAGGCGCUGGACGCGCAGGCGGCUAGCAGCGAGCGCCGGCCCAAGCGGGCGCGCGUGCCCACGCAGCCGUUCCAGUCCCCCGUUCCAGAGUUCGAGGCCAUCCCGAAGGCGCUCAAGCCGACGCCCCACAAGCAGCCUGAGGAAAAGCUGGUCAUCUUCUUCAAAAACGAGUUCUUGGCAGUGCGGAACGAGGAGGGCAGUUUCUUUGUGUGUCAAGCGGUGCAGAACGUCUACAAGGGCAGCAAGAAGAUUAAGGUCCGCUGGAUGACUGCCAAUGGAAGAGUGUACACACCAGACUUUUAUGACACCAUUGACUUCGAGAGCAUCCUGACCACGCUGGAGAUGAAGCGGCUGGGUCGCGACCGACAUGAGCUGAGCGCUGAGGAGGUGGCGCGCACCGAGCACAUCCUGCAGCUGGACCUGUCGCUCUACAAGGACGAAUCUCAGCUGGACAAGAGGAAGGCGGACGCGCCGGCGCCGGCUAAGCUCCGCGCGCCGCCCAAGCCCAAGGUGCCGAGGGCGGCCAAGCCGAAGAAGGGCAGAAAAGCCAAGAAGCCGCCGGCGGCGGCGCGAACCGCGCCGCCGCCGCCGCCGGCGGCAGCCAAGAAGCUGACCGAGGUCAAGCCGCCGGUCAAGGAGAAGAAAGGUGGGUCCCGGGAAUGUGUCGGUGAUCGUCUGCUCUGA